GUGUCGAUAAAUCCGGCUAGCCGCGCGGGGAGCACCACUGAGCCUCGGUACCCCAGCCGUACCCCAGACUCCACCAUCUCGGCAUCGCAACUGACCUUCAACCAUGCGCUGCCUACCAGCUGCACGACAAGAGCCCACCCAUCCACGCCUCCAUCGCCGCGACAAUGGCGGCUGACAAACCCCCUCCCCCCUCCGCCUCCACCACAGCGACCACAGCAACCUCCCGCCUCAGCCAACUCUCCGCGCACCUCCCCCCCGGCGCGCCCACCCGCCGCCGACGCAAACCACCAGCCUCCGACCUCCCCGCCGACUACUCCGACAUCCUGGGCCACAUCAGCACCCUGCGCACGCUCGCGGCCACGCCGGACCCGCACAACCGGGGGUACGCGCGGCAGAAGCAAGCGGGCAAGCUGUGGGUGCGCGAGCGCGUGCAGCAACUGCUCGACGCCGGCAGUUUCCAGGAAGUCGGGAGCGUGAGCGGGACCGUGGCGUGGAAGACGACGGGGCCGCGCAGUGAGGCGCCCGAGGCGUAUGUGCCGUCGAAUAACGUGCAGGGCUUUGGGCGGCUGCGGGGCAGGAAGAUAGUGUUCACUGCGGAUGACUUUUCGAUUCGCGCGGGGCAUGCGGAUGGGGCGCUUAUGGAGAAGACAAUUUAUAUGGAGAAACUGGCGAUUGCGCUCAAGCUGCCGAUUGUCAAGCUCGUUGAUGGGUCGAGCGGCGGCGGCAGCGUGACCACGAUCCGCACCACGGGCUUCUCGUACGUGCCGCCGCUGCCGUCGUUUGCGCAGGUCGUGCAGCAGCUCAACCUGGGGAUUCCGAAUCUGGGCGCCGUCGUGGGGCCGGCGAUUGGGCUCGGCGCUGCGCGGGUGGUGGCGUGCCACUUCUCUGUCAUGGCGGCGGACAUUGGGUCGUUGUUCAACGCGGGGCCGAGCGUGGUUGCGAACGCGACGUUCGAGGAAGGGCUGUCGUUCACGGAGCUCGGCGGGCCCGCGGUCCACUGCACGAAUGGCACGAUCGACAACCUGGCGCCCGACGAGGCGGGCUGUUUCGAGCAGCUGCGCACUGUGCUCAGCUACCUGCCCGACUGCGGCACGAAACUGCCGCCCGUCAUCGACGCCGACGACCCCAUAGACCGCGUCUCAGAAGCCCUCCGCUCCGUCAUCCCGCGCGCGAAGAACAGAAUGUACAACCCCCGCACCAUCAUCACCUCCGUCGUCGACCACUCCUCCUUCUUCGAAAUCGGCGCGCUGUGGGGCACCACCGCGAUCGUCGGGCUCGCGCGCCUGGGCGGCAAACCCGUGGGCAUCGUGUCGCUGAACUGCGAAGUCAACGCGGGCGCGCUCGACGCGCUGGGCUCGCAGAAGAUAACGCGCAUGCUGAAGUUCCUGGACGUCUUCAACCUCCCGCUCGUGCAGUUCGUCGACAUCCCGGGCUACGCGAUCGGCACCGUGGCGGAGCGCACGGCGACGAUGCGGCACGGGAUCGCGCUCGCGACCGCGUACUACGCGACGUCGAUGCCCAUCUUCAGCGUGGUGGUGCGGCGCGUGUACGGGGUUGCGGGCGGGGUGAUGCUGGACUGCCGCGAGCCGCGGAUGCGCGUGGCGUGGCCGUCGGGCGAGUGGGGGUCGCUGCCGCUGGAGGGCGGGAUCGAGGUCGGGCAUUCGUUUGAGCUGAAGGAGAUUGAGCGCAAGGAGGGGCGGGAGAAGCGCGAGGCGCGGUACAAGGAGCUCGAGGACGAGUAUAAGCGGCUGAUGAAUCCGGUGCGGACGGCGAAUGCGUUUGGCAUUGAGGAGAUUAUCGAUCCGGCGGUUACGCGGAGGGUGUGCUGUGAGUGGGUGGCGCAUGUGUAUGAGAGUCUGCUGCCGCAGCGGGUGAUGGAAAGGGUUGCUGGGAAGCUGAAUCCGGUGUUCACGUAGAUACAGGUAUAUUAACUUUGUUGCGUGACUGGGUAUCGUGUCUAGU